AUGUUCCCAGAUUGGCAGGCGAUUGCUGAAAGCAUUCAGGAAGAGCCGCCUGAGGAGGUCAAGACACUUCUGCAAGAAAGGUGCAGCCAGCUCACGUUUGCCGCCGUGCCGAAACACUUGGAAACCGCACUUUAUCUCGAUGACGCGGAGCUGACUGGCAGCAGGCAAAAAGUUUGUGUUUGUUGGAAUACUGCUUCGGACACCAUCUUUGUCAGCGAUGACGCUUUCAUAGAGAAGGAGAAGACCGUGAAGGAGCUCGCGGCUAUUUUUCAGCGCUUCGUGCCAGAGCUUGCUUCCCGCCUGAAGGAUUCGAAAGCCAGGUCUCCGUUGGAGUCAAUCAUGGAAUGUGCCUUCGACAGCGGGCCGGAUGGAAUCGCUGCUGUCCUGGCCGAGCAUGAGAUCGAAGCCACGCUGACGGAUACUUGUAGCAAGGUCAUCUCCUGUGGAGACGAGCUCCCUGACGAGGUGUCACAGCGUCUGGUUCAGUCAAUGAGCCAGACCUUUUUGGUUGAUGAGUAUGUCGCCCUUCGCGGUGAAGAUGACCGUUAUCUGCUUGGACAAAUCAUGGAAUGGGAGGAGUCAGUGGCACCCGACGAGGUCUAUCGACCUAGCCUGAUGCGGCAGUACCUUGUUCGUCUAGACAAGCCCCGCAGAGUGUAUUACGUGGACAUCUACAAGAUACAAGGCGGUACGACCGGCGCAGGGCAUGAGCCCACAUCUUGCAAAGAGAUCCAGGUCGGCACAGGCGUUUCGAAUGGGGAAGACGAAUUCGUGCCAGCAGGCGCAGAUUCGGAGCAAGAGCUUGAGAGAGUGAAGCAGCAGCUGCGUGAGAUGUCCGAGAUGUCUGAGCAAGACUACAAAAAAUCAGUGCGACGACUCUACCGGGAAUGGCAUCCGGACACAGUCGGGAACACGGAAUUCAACAACAUGAUGUUCCGCAUGAUCAAGCGACACGUUAAAUGGUUCCAGAAUGGACGUCACGGCAAUCAGGACUGGCUUGAUGGCUACAAUGUCGGACAGGAGCCAGCGGAAGCCACAGCAUCAGCAUUCAAGCGGAGGAAGAGCGAGGCCAGCAAGCCUGGUGAAGACGAUGACGAGGCCGCAGAGCGCCAGAACACCAAGUCUGCCCAUCGGCCGCGAAGCCAGCCAUCGCAGCAGGUUUCCUGGUUUGAGGAGUUCGACAGAGAGGUGAGAAGGAAUCUUCAUACCGAAGCCACCUCCAGGAAAGUGGCAGCCCCGCCAACGUUCGUGCCAAGCCGCCCGCCAGUAUGGCAACCUCCGAGGAGGAUUGACGAGGAUGAAGCCUUGACGUGGCUUCGACAAGCAGAGUACGAUUUCAAGGCCCUGGAAGAGCUAUUAUGGUCCACCGAGCGAGUCCAUGCCCAUGUGGUUUGGCAUGCACACCAGGUGGUGGAGAAGGCGUUGAAGUCAGCAAUGCUCCGCACCUGUGGCUUGGCGGAAGAGGAAUUCACCGGUCACGGCUGCCACGACCUGGCGAUGCUCUACGGCCGUCUUGCAAAAGCAUCUCCAGAGUCGACUGCGCAGCGGAGAGCGCAGGAGGACUUACCGUCAGACCGUGAGGACAUGCGAUGGUUGACGGAGGCGUACUUGAGCACGCGUUAUCCGAACAUGCACAAAGCCGGACAGGUUCCAGCGUUGGCUUAUGACAAGCACGACGCCACAAGAGCCGCCCGCACAGCAGAGCAGUUUAUUGAGUGGGCCCAAUUGCUUGAGGACCUUCCCAUUCCUGGGAGCGGCCAAGGGAUGCGGAAGAGACCAAGUUCGGUGACGGAACUUUCGGCCGAACCUGCACCGGCACCCCCGAGAGGCCCAAGAGCGCAGGCUUCCAAACCUGAGCACGAGACGCGGUCACCUGCAAGACUUCCGGCUCAGAGACAAAAGGCUUCGAAGCCUUUGCCAGAUUCAGCACCCGUCCCCCUGCCACCUGAGUCCUUGCCGCCUCUCGCCACGACACAGCCGUGUGGUCUUCCGGAGGAAGGUGACGUGCAGCAGCUGCCGGAAUAA